UAAAUUUAUUUGGGAAACUACGUCAUAUUUUUAUCGUUUAUUGUCUGUGGGAAUUUCAAGCUAUAUUUUUGGAAAAUAAUAUUAAAAGGAGACUUUUCAUUGAAGAAUCUAACACAUACGGGGAGUAAGACAAAAACCAUGGGUCAAUGUUGUUCAGACCAAAAAGCCUUUAAGAAGAAAACGUUGGUUUUGCCCGAAAAGGACGUCAGUGAAUUGGCAAAAACAACGGGACUGGAUGUCGGCGAGCUUAACAAAUACUACAGAGAAUUUGUAAAGGAUUAUCCGAGUGGGCAUUUGACGAAAAAGCAAUUCCAAGCAAUUUACAGAGAUUUCUUUCCAGAUGACCCAAAACGAAAAAACUUUGCUGAAAAGUUAUUCCAGACGUACGACCAAAAUAAUGAUGGAACAAUCGAUUUUCGGGAAUUUAUGAUCGCUCUCAGCUUAAUUUCAAAAGGAACCGUGAAGCAGAAGUUGGCUCUUGCAUUCGACUUAUACGACGCCAAUGGCGACGGAGUCUUGACGUACACUGAAAUAUUGGACGUCGUAAAGGCGAUGUACAACAUGGCUGGAGAUCCCAAUGGAAUUGAAGGCGUGCCACCAGCAGAGCUGUUUGCAAAAAAACUUUUUGCAGAACUUGAUAAAGAUCAUGACGGGAAUAUUACGGUUGAAGAAUUCACAGAAGUGGGAUCACAAGAUGUGACUGUGGCCAACUUACUCUUGGCUAAAAUAGCUGGAGAAGAGUUAAGCGAAGACGAAGAUGAACUUACAUGAUUAAUAAUAUGUACAGUGAAUCGGGGAAAUGACAACUGAAAUCUUAUUGCAUGGCACUCUAGGGACCAGGAGUUAUAAAGCAAAUUUGCAAUUUCAAAACAAUCAAAUAUAACGACUACAUUCUUCUGUCGUUAUGUUUACUGCCUACCAUCCGGACUUCAAGCAAUCAAGAUUUUUGAAACAUUGGUUCAAUGACUUAAAUAUCUCAUUAAAUCAAAACGCAAUCACAUUUCUGCCUGGUAUAUACCAGAAGUGGUGAACCACUGACCCAUGGGUCACAAAGUAGCCCAGCAUGUUUUAGUGUGAACCCCCAGGUAUAACAUGUUAGUGACAAAAAUUUACAAUAGGCUAGCCUCAAAUUCAAUCUAUCAAUAAUAGAACUGCUGUAGCAUGAAUGACGAACCUUUUUUAUCGAAUAGGUCAACAUCGAUUAUAAAUAAAUUCCUUGUGAAAAACGAGACUGUGGGUCAUAUAGGCAUGUAAUCAAAGUUUGCAUCAAUAAAAAACCUGCUGUUGCA